AUGGACGACUCAGAAUCAUCCCCAUCACCCCUCGAAGAAGUGUCUGGCGCGCGGAGGAGGGAUCACGACCCGCAGAGGCGAGGUCAUCGCUCUUCAAAAGAUCGUGACCGCCUAUUCAUGGGGGGGUCAAUGCGCGAACUUGCUCGCUUACUCGUAUACCAAGAACAUGAUACCAAGGAUCUCCGGAAGAUGUUUGCAGACGUGACCGAACAGCUCAAGGCCGAGACGCUGCGCGCUGACACUGCGGAGGGCAGGGCAAGGGAAGCUGUGCUUCGCUUGAAGUCUGCUAACGAUGCUAAGGUCAUCGCACAGCAAGAGGCUACACGUGCCAAUGAAGAGCUGCGUCUUUACAAACUGCAGCUUGACAAUGCGCAGAGAGAGAUAAACAGGGCGCAGCAAAUCAUCGAUACGGUGGAAGCUCAGAGAGCAGAGGCCGAAGAAGUUGCGGCUCGCGCGCGGACGACAGCGCGGAAGCUAAAGGAAGAGAAAAUUAUACAGCUUGCCCGAGAAGAAGGUCGAAGGCAGGGUUUGGAAGAAGGGCUUUCAAGAGGGCGGAGCAUUGGGUUUGAGGAAGGGAGAGCAGAGGGCUACGCUCGAGGUUCGGCGGCGACAGCGAGGUCGCGACAUUCUUACCCAGACGACUUGUCUGAGUCGCCUGUUGAUGAGCGAAGCCGUCAUAGAGACCCGACGUCAGGGCCCUCUGGAUCAUCCCCAGACGACUAUGACUCACGACCACAGUCAACAUACUCGCGCGUUGUGGAACAGAAUACGCCCGCUUCUCGUCCGGUUACGAUGCCCGUGCCCGUACCAGAGCCGCAGCCUGUCAAGGCGACCACACCCCUAGUGGUACAUAAUGCAACAAUGUCGCCCUCUCAUCCUCCUGUAGACUUUCCUCCGGACGGAUGGAUACCCAAGAUUGAUGGCGACGACCGUAUUCGUCUCCCUCCCCCUCAUGAGUUAGCACCCCCGCCUCCUACGACGCCGUCGCCCCCUUCAACAGCUGCUCUCCAGAAUGUUCCUCUCCAGGAUGCUCCUGAUGACAGACCGCCUUUGAUGAUCCCCCCGCCAGCAGCCGGAGAUUACGGCGAGUCCGCCAUGUCGGACAGUGAUUCAAUGACCACGCCGACCCACCAUCGGCCUCGACAUCGUCGUCGGCGGUCGUCAGAAUCUCAAUCGACGACAAUGUCACAGUUUGAACUCUUGGGACCACCCGUCACAGCUGCCACGCGCGGUGUGGCUAGGGAACGGCCGGUUGUCUUGAGUUCUAUUGCAGAGGAAAGGGAGCGCACAUCGACUAUGUCCUCUCCCGCUCCGAACCAUGGCGCAUCGCCAUAUAUGCCGUCCACAGGCUCGACAUUCUUCAUGCCUCUGGGCAGGCCACCAUCACAACCAUCGACCGUGGACAUGAGAUCUGACGAUGGUGGUAGGGGACUCCCUCGCAAUAUAUAUAUGCGCCCGGCACAUUCACCCAAUUCUUCGCCCGAGUCGGGUCAUGCUCCCGGUCCUGGUAUGACAUUGCGACCACCUUCCCAACAAGGAAGUCGUACUUCUAGUAUCUCAGCGGAAUAUGACAUUCAGAUUGAACCUCCCUCUGGCCCUGAGUCUGAACAGUCCAGAUCAGGAUCGGCACCCAUGACACCACAUCUUCUGAGCGCAGAAGACGUGCCGCCUUUACCACCUGCUGGUGGAUCUCCAGCUAGUUCUCAACAACAGGGGACGUCUGGAAUGUCGCCAUCAAGUCCGGCUCCUAUAGUCUUACCAGACGGUCAACUGCCUCCUGGAUUUCAGCCGAUUGGGCCCCCUGUCGCUGCGAGUUCUUUCGGAUCCAUGGCAGGAGUCCAGCCUCCUAUGGGUAUGGUACCACAGACUAUUUACUCUAUGGGGCCUGCAGGUGUCCCGCUCCCGCCGUCUACUUAUGGAGGCACGCCAUCGGUCGUCGGCUCUGUUGUCACACCAAGCACGUUUCGCGUAACAGAGCCAGUCAUACCUCAUCUCAUGACCCCCGGCGCUGGCGGACUGGCCAGUAUACAGCUGGGGAACAGAUACAGCCGUUCUGCAUUGAGGGACUCAUCGUCAGACUCUGAUGCAUCUUCUGGCAUGGGUGGAUCCAUGGAUUCGCUGACUACACCCCCGACACGACGCAAAGACCUCUCCAGGCAAUCGACCCCAGCUUACGCGGUCGCACCAAUCCCGCCGAACGUCACAUAUCCUGUCCCGCCAACGCCGCGAUCGACAGGCUCUCGCACGACAGCCGCUAAAGUUCCUCUACCUCCGUCAACUGCGCCGUCCAUCGGUAGUCCCGUGUCCGCAGCAGCAUAUCCGUAUGGACAGACGCCGUACAAUAGAAGUAAUCUCGCCCUCGACACGAACAGAACGCCAGCGAAUAGACCUAUGUCGCCAAUGACGAGCAGUGUGCGAGGAACUCCGGCACCUGUUCACGUUGAGCCUCGAAAUUCGAUAUAUGACCUCCGUUCUCGAAAUGCUGAAGAUAACAUUACGCACUACGAUGCCACUGCAAAUGCAGGGCCCCCGCGACCACCCUCUGCCGCUCGAAUGUCUGCCGUAGGAUCCCCAUCAGUCUCACAGGUUUCUCUAGCGCCGACGAAUACCACUUCAAAGUCAAAAAAGUCCAAAAAGUCCAAAAAGUCAAAAUCUAGAAUCGCUUCUGUCGAGGAAGAGGAUUGA